AGUUAUUUCCAUCACAGGAGAGUACCAUCGGCUAUAAUGAAGCGUCUGCUUGCGAUUUUGAACUCGGGAGAAGUACAGGACUGGAGUAGUUGCUGGUGCUCCGUAGUGUGUGUAGCGGGGGCGUCGCUGGCCCCAGUGAGUGAGUGACAGCUAUUCCCGGGCUCAAUGGGUCUGUGUUGCGGAGCGGCCGCUGCGCUGUUGGCGCUCGUUUGCAUCGUAAUCGCACGGAUUUUCAUCGUACUCAGGAGAAGCGAUACGCCAGAGCCUCGGAAGCGGGGUUCCGCCAGCGUGCUGGUGGUUGUGGGCUCUGGGGGACACACUACUGAAAUUCUCAGGCUGGUGGGCAGCCUCUCUGCCUCAUACUCUCCCAGGCAUUACGUCAUUGCAGACACGGACAGGAUGAGUGAAGACAAGGUCCGUGCACUCGAGGCUGCAAGAACCGAAGAACGUUCUCAACCUCAGUAUACCAUUCAUCGGAUUCCACGCAGUCGUGAGGUCCGUCAGUCCUGGACGUCUUCAGUGGUUUCAACAUUAUACGCGCUGUUGUAUUCCAUCCCGCUGGUAUUCCAGCUGAAACCAGACAUGGUUCUGUGUAACGGGCCGGGAACGUGUGUGCCCCUCUGUGCAUCUGCCCUCUUGCUCGGAGUGGUUGGAUUGAAGAAAGCGCUGAUUAUCUACAUCGAGAGCAUCUGCCGCGUGGAAUCCUUGUCCCUUUCCGGGAAGUUACUCUACCAUUUGUCAGAUUACUUUUUUGUUCAGUGGCCCACACUACAGGAGAAGUACCCGAAAGCAGUGUUCCUCGGUCGACUAGUUUGAACGUAGCUUCGGAGACUGCGACAGCGAUCGUAUAGAUGACGCAGGAAACAGCAACAAUGCAGAAAAUAAUCAACGAUCCAGAUUCUGCAAGGAGGAGAACGCACACUAAAGAGAAUGGCGAAAAUGUAUGACCAUGGGGAUUUAUCUAUCAAGCUGCUAUUUGUGGUCUCAAGAUUGGCACCAGGCCAGAGAACAAAGUAUUAGCCACGUACAUCGGAGUACGAGGGAGUCGACCACCAAAUAACUUCAGUUAUGACAUUAAAAAUGCAAACUGC